ACCUGAUGUCCCUGGGGCGGGAGAUCUGGAGCAGGCGCUCUGUGCCCCCUCUGCUGCUCUUGCUGCUGCUGCCGCCAUGCGCCGCCGACUACUGCAGCUGGAAGGGCAGCGGUCUGAGCUGGGAGCCCCACUCCCGCGCAGUGGAGCAGGUCCACCUGCGCUGUACCGAGGGCUUCCUGGAAUGGAUGUACCCAGCGCGAGCCCUCCGCGUCAUCUUGGAGCCCAACCUCUCAAGUGCCCGGCCCACCACAGUCUGCAUCAAGCCAUCCAGCAACUUUCAAGGUGCCAACAUCUAUGUGGAGCGCGAUGGGCAGCUGCACCUGUUGGUGAGUGAGGCGGAGGAGCCCCGCCUGCACCACGUAUCCUGCUUCAGCACCACAACCCCUCAGCGGGUGGCCCUCUUCCUGCAGGCCAGUCCUCAGAGGGACAUCAGUCGCAAGACCGCCAGUUUCCAGUAUGAGUUGCUUAGCAACCAGAGUGUCACAGGUCCAGACUUCCAGAAAAUGGCUCUUGUAGAAGCCAUGUGCCGCCCUUGUGACAACAUGGAACUUCUCAUGGCUAUUUGCAGCAGUGAUUUUGUGGUGAGAGGAUCAAUCCAAAACGUCACCCACGAUUCGGAGAACCACAUGUCCCGGGUUGAAGUCGGCGUGCAGCGAGUCUACAGGCAGAAAAACCGGAUCUUCCAACAAGACAAAGCAACUGGCGAAUGGAGAGGGCCCAUCAAAACCUUGCUGCAGUGUAAGGUGAAGAAAGGGCCUAGGGACUUUCUCUUCACAGGCAAUGAGCACUUUGGCGAAGCUUGGUUGGGUUGUGCCCCAAGAUUUAAAGACUUCAGUGCUGUCUAUCAAAAAGCCAGAGAGAGAGGAGCAAAUCCCUGCGAAUUUCAGCUUGAUGGAUGAGUCAUUGCCUGUCAUGAUCAAAACAACUGACUUCAGGACAGUUUUGUGUACAGAAGAGUGGCGCUGAUCAUGAGAGUUGGUGUAGGAGGACUGUCAAAAAUGUGCACGAGUUGUUGUUUUCUUAGGGAAGAGAGUCGGCGUGCUUGGGUGAAUAGAGGCAGGUUUGCACCAGGAAGAGUUGGCUUCACAUCUCGCCUGCAUAGGCUCAUUGAGAGCUCUUGGGCAAGUUUUGACACCACGGUUCCCACUCUGUAAAACACAAAUA